AUGUUCCAAAGUGUGGCAGGGCUGAAGGUUACUGGAAAGGUGGAUAAAGCGACAAAAGAAAAGAUGUUGGAAAAAAGGUGCGGUCUUCCAGAUUACGCCGGCGCUGGUGUCGCUAAUGUGAUUACAAAAUGGCCUAAACCGACGGCGACAUAUUCUAUAUUGAACUACGUCGAUGGUGUAACACCUGAACAAGUUCGGAAUGUUUUCCAACAAGCCUUUGAUAAAUGGUCUGCAGUGAUACCACUGAACUUUUCAUAUGUUGCUUAUGACUAUGACGCUUAUAUGAGAUUUGCUUAUAUUGAUGGCAAAGAUAAAACAUACGCAUUCUCGACAGUAGGCUAUAACCCAGGCAAAUAUAAAAAUGGCAUUCUUUUUGACAGUGGUGAUUCAUGGUGCGACAAAGACCCUGAAAAAAUAAAGUAAGA